AGAGGCUCAGCGCGAAGCUGCGGCGGCGGCGACCACGACCACGACCACGAAACCCAUCGAGCACGACAGUGUCGGGAAGGAGGCUACUCUUAUGCCAACAUCUGCUCCCAAAACCGUGGUCGGACGAGCGCUAGGCAAUGGCCUGCAUUCCGAUGCCCACAGGGGGGUCGGGUCUGCGCUGACUGACACUCCGAUUUCUACCGCACCGCCUUCUCCACAAAUCACUGGCAGCUCUCAACCUGUCACCCCCGGUCGCAUUCGUGCCACCACCCUCGAUAUCCCCGGCCUGACCAGAUCCAAGGUUUCACCCGACGGCCGGAUUGCCCAGCGGGAUGUCGGCGCGAAGCUUGUCAUUGUUAUGGUCGGCCUGCCCGCGCGCGGCAAGAGCUACAUUACCAAGAAGCUAGCUCGCUAUCUGAACUGGCUGCAGCAUGAUACCGAGAUCUUUAAUGUCGGCGAGCGUCGCCGUAUCGCCGCCGGCAAGUCCCCGUCACCCGCAAACCUCGCCCUGUCCGACAAGCGUCCCAGUGCCGCCUCGGUUCACAGUGAUCUUGUCGACUCCGUUCGCAGACUCAGCGUCAGUCUUGGGACCAUGAAAAGCAACAGCCCCUCCCCCGACGCGACCAGUCCUCUGCCCCCUCCCGUCGUGCCUACCGCGAAGAUCCUAGUCAACGGACAGGAACCUGAUCCAGCUGACCAGCCGGUCUCCCCGUACCACCAAUCCACCGUGGUUCCCUCCGUCGAUGCGGGCCCUACCCUCAACGGCGAGACCAUCCACGAAGCCUCCCCGGAGCCCAUGGACCAGUCGGCCAACUUCUUUGACCCGCAGAACCAGCGCGCGGUUAAGCUCCGCGAGCAGGUUGCCCUCGACACCCUCGACGAGCUACUGGAUUACAUUCUCGAGUGCGGCGGAAGUGUGGGCAUCCUCGAUGCGACAAACAGCACCAUGGAACGCCGCAAGGCAAUUGUCGACCACAUCCGUGCGCGUGCGGGGCCCGAGCUCGGCAUCUUGUUCCUCGAGAGCAGCUGUGUGGACCAGGCCCUGCUCGAAGCCAAUAUGCGGCUCAAGCUGUCUGGUCCCGACUACAAGGGUCAGGACCCCGUCAAGGCGCUCGAGGAUUUUCGGAAGCGUGUCGCGCUGUAUGAGAAGUCCUACGUCCCCCUGGGCGAGUACGAGGAGAGGAACAACAUGGCCUAUGUGCAGAUGAUCGACGUGGGACGCAAGAUCGUCUCGCACCAGACCAACGGCUUCAUCUCCUCCCAGGUCGUCUACUACCUGCUCAACUUCAAUCUCUCCCCGCGCCAGAUCUGGAUCACCCGUCACGGCGAGAGCCGCGACAACCCUCUCGGCCGCAUCGGCGGCGACUCCGAUCUGAGUGAAAACGGUCGUCGCUACGCCAAGGCACUUUCACGCUUCAUCGACCACCAGCGCCACCAAUGGGAACUCUACCAGCGGCAGAAGGAGUUGCUUCAGAACUUCCCGCCCCGCCCUGGUGACAGCACCCCCCCAAAUCCCUACAUCUCCAACAACCGGCCCCGCAACUUCUGUGUCUGGUCGUCGAUGAUGCAGCGUUCCGUGCAGACUGUCGAGUACUUCAACGAUGAGGACUAUGACGUCAAGCAAAUGAAGAUGCUUGACGAGCUCCACGCCGGCGCCAUGGAAGGGAUGACCUAUGAAGAGAUUCGUCAGCAGUACCCGGAAGAGUACGCCCACCGCAAGAGGGACAAGCUCUUCUACCGCUACCCUGGCCCCGGUGGCGAGGGCUACCUGGACAUCAUCAACAGACUGCGCGCCGUCAUCAUCGAGGUGGAGCGCAUGACCGACCACGUCCUGCUCGUCAGCCACCGCUCCGUCGCUCGCGUGCUGCUCGCCUACUUCCGCGGUCUUAAGCGUGACGAAGUUGCCGACCUGGACGUGCCCCUUGGUGUCCUGUACAUGCUCGAGCCCAAACCCUACGGUGUCGAAUUCAAGGCCUACCGCUACAACCCCGACAUCGACUGGUUUGACUACAUACCUGAUUUUCAGUUGCGUCAGACUAGCAUCUAGUUGGCCACCCUACACUCUAAUCAAACUCCUCUUCGGGGCAUGUAUUUUCCUCUCUAUGCUCUCACUCAUCUCCAUCUCGGC